AUGGUUCUCCUCACCUCCUCCACGGUCUCGACCAUUGUGUCGAUGGGAGUGAUCUGCAUAUUCUCCGCUGCAUUGUUUAUCUCCGGAUACGUCCUACAGCAGCAAUCGGUCAAAAACAUCCAACAUGCCCUGAAACCUCGAGAUACUUCGGAAAACGCCAAACACAAGCCCGGCCCCGCAUUCCUCAAUCCAGUAGACCGGGGUCUCUCGGGUAUCGACUAUGAGGAGGACGAAACACCGAUUGGGACUGACCCUCAUUAUGGCUCACUAGGGAACUAUGCCUAUCUCCAAAUGCUGUCUGAACCAGACCCAUCAGACAUCUGCUCUGUAAUCCUUUUCUUCAAGAAACUCUCCGAAAAUGGGACAGCCGUCGAAGACCGCCUGUUCAUGUACCCAGAAAAAUGGGACCGCAUGUCAGCCGAGGACCUGGGCACAUCAGCCUCUAAAGCAUUGUCAAUACUACGCGCAGCCAGCUUCAAGUACAAUAUCUGGCUUCUCCCUAUCGACAUGGCAACAGCUACGGCUGCUGGCUACUCAACGACAAAUACCAAGCUCCUCCAUCUCGGCCGGAUGCAAUUUAUGCAAUAUGACAGUGUUCUCUAUGUGCAAACCCCCGGGCUGCUAUUAGACACUGGAAAGCUGGAUGACAUGCUCUUGGGGCGACCUCUGCCACUCCGCUAUGACAAGAACCGGCUGGAGUCGUAUAACAAUGAGGCGUGGAUCCCCAUGCCGCUUCGUCCAGACCGCGACUCGGAUCUCCCGCCUGUCUAUUUGAUUACGGUCAAUAACAUGGAGAAUGCUAAGGUGGAGGCAAGGACUCAUAUUCCCAAUCUUGCGUUGCCUGGGUUUGGGGAUAUCGUGGCCGGACCUCUGAGAGCUGCCAAAUUGUAUGAAUCAGAAGAUGCAAGUCGACCUGGCUACGUGUGGUUUGAUAACGAUCGUGAUGGUCGUGUAAAAUGGUCUGACAGUCCUUACUUUGGGACCUGGCGCUCGCAGCAAGCUGAAGUUUGUCAAGGGUUGGACUUGGACGAGAUCUUGUAUGUAGAUGACGAGCGAUGA